UAAUGGAAUUGUUCUUAUCAACAGAUUUAAAUUCAUAAUUCUUAACACUUUUGGCUCAUUAUACAAGAUUGGUUACAACUGGAAGAGUAAAAUUAGUGGUGCUUUCAAAUCAAGCAUAAAAAUUAAAUGAAGAGGGCAUAAUAAAAUUGCCAUCCAUUCCUUCAUUGGUAACAGAAGAUGCAUAAUUAUUAACAAAUGUUUUCUCCAUUGCAUAGUAUUAUUAAAAAAUACUAAUUUAGAUAUUUAACUAAUAUUUCAUUUACAGAGAAAAUACUCAUUGGUACAGAUAAUUAAAUAUUGGGACAAGUAAAAUAAUCUAAUAAAAUGAUAGGUUUUAUAAGUUUUUGAAGCUUAAAGAAAGAUUUAAGGAGAAGAAUUAAUUGAAGUAUAUAUAGUAUAUAAUUUAAGGCAUUUUUGAAACAUUUAGAAAGCAGAGUAUUUUUUGUUACAAACCAUGUAACAUUAGCAGAUUUAUUUUUAUAUAUUCAUACAUAUGAUAUAGUGUCUACAUGGAAUGAUGAAUAAAAAGUUGGAAAGUAUGUGCAUUUCUUCAGAUGGUAUAAAAUUUAUUUAAUAAUUCUUUCAUAAUAGGUUUAAAUAAGUUUAAGCAUUACCACAAAUAGCUGAAAUAAACAGAACUUUGGGUAGAGUAGAUGUGAAACCAGCAUCUCCAUUUGUUGAUCUUUCAACAACUAGUAAAUAAAAAAAAUAGAAAUGAG